CCUGGAUCCCCCGCGGCUGGCACUUCGGACCCUGAAUGACCUGGGACCUCGCUGCCCCGAGACCUCCCGUGUCCCCUCGUAGCUGGGAGCCUCCGGCCCGGAGCGCGGCAGCCCCCUGCUCCGAGCCCUCAGACGGGGACUGCCCCCCCACCCGAGCCGGGACUUCCUCCCUGCACCCCUGCCCCGAGGCUGCCCGGCGGCCAGGACCGCCGCCUCCAGUCUGCUCGGCAGUCUGGAUGCUCACCGGGCUGGGGCCGUGAGGCAUCGAGGAGGAUCAAGAACACCCGUGUCCGGCCCUGCCUGGGCUGUUUCUUCAAUGGAGAAGUUGGUGAGUGUGGAGGAGGCUGAAAGAAAGAAGAGAAGCAGCAGCUGAGGAGACAGGUUUGAGCUGGCUAGGGGAGGCGAGAGAGCAGGAACGGGGCUGCCCACCCCCAGAGAAGCAGCAGAGAGCCUCUGACCAGCAUCCUCCAUAAAGGUUAAGAAAGAGCUCAUUGACACUGGAAUCUGGACACACUCUGAGCCCCCAACUCACGAUGCUGUAUGUGCACAAUGGUUAUUAGGCAAUCCACGUAUCAGGAAAAGGGGCAUUCUUCCCGUAAGGCUGAUCCCUGUGACCUAAUGAAUCCUUUGUAAAAAGUGGACUCAGCUAGGAUGUUACACCACCAUUGUCGAAGGAACCCUGAACUCCAGGAAGAGUUGCAGAUUCAAGCUGCAGUGGCUGCCGGGGAUGUUCACACGGUACGAAAGAUGUUAGAACAAGGCUAUUCUCCAAAUGGCCGGGAUGCUAAUGGCUGGACCCUGCUUCAUUUCUCUGCAGCAAGAGGAAAGGAAAGAUGUGUUCGAGUAUUUCUAGAACAUGGAGCUGAUCCCACAGUUAAGGACUUAAUCGGAGGCUUCACUGCACUUCAUUACGCAGCCAUGCAUGGCCGGGCUCGGAUUGCACGCCUGAUGUUAGAAUCUGAAUACAGGAGCGACAUUAUUAAUGCAAAAAGCAAUGAUGGCUGGACUCCCCUUCAUGUGGCUGCUCACUAUGGUAGGGACUCAUUUGUCCGACUCCUACUGGAGUUCAAGGCUGAGGUCGACCCGCUCAGUGAUAAAGGUACAACACCGCUUCAGCUCGCCAUUAUCCGAGAGAGGUCAAGCUGUGUGAAAAUCCUCCUGGACCACAAUGCCAACAUCGACAUUCAGAACGGUUUCCUGUUGCGAUACGCUGUGAUCAAAAGCAAUCACUCUUAUUGCCGAAUGUUCCUUCAGAGAGGAGCAGACACAAACUUGGGUCGCUUAGAAGAUGGACAGACUCCUUUACAUUUGUCUGCCCUUAGGGAUGACGUGCUUUGUGCACGGAUGUUAUAUAAUUAUGGAGCGGACACGAACACAAGGAACUAUGAAGGACAGACCCCACUGGCUGUUUCAAUAAGCAUUUCUGGAAGUAGUCGACCGUGUUUGGAUUUCUUACAAGAAGUCACAAGACAGCCCAGAAACUUGCAGGACCUGUGCCGAAUUAAAAUUCGACAAUGUAUAGGCCUUCAAAACCUAAAGCUACUUGAUGAACUACCAAUUGCCAAGGUCAUGAAAGACUACUUAAAACACAAAUUUGAUGAUAUCUGAUAUACACAGAACUGUGAGCAAGAUUAGGAGUUAUAUUCCAGAUACUUAAAAGGCUUUUUGCCUUGCACAAAGUAUAUCCUAUGCAAUUUCUGAUUUGCUGUGAAAUCAGAAAGCAGGUAUACACUUUUAGGUUUUGUUUGUUUGUUUGUUUGGUUUUCAUUGU